AUGAAGAUCGAUAAAAAGCAAUCAAGAGAAAAGUUUUUGACGGUAUUCCCUCAAAUUGUGAAGGAGACUACCGAUGUUCUCAAGAGUUAUGGCAUGCCCCAGGAUGCCAUUGAGUGGUAUACAAAGAAUUUGAACUACAAUACACCAUCAGGUAAAUUGAACAGAGGUCUUUCCGUUGUUGAUACCUAUGGAAUCUUGAAGGGCUACGAGACUUAUGAUGAUUUCUCAGAAGAUGAAUACAAACUCUCUGCAAUUCUUGCUUUUGCAGGCAACUUUUUGGUUGCAGAUGAUAUCAUGGAUAAAUCAUUAACCAGAAGGGGACACACCUGUUGGUACAGGGUUGAAGAGGUUCAGGAAAUUGCUGUCAAUGAUGCAUUCAUGCUUGAGGGUGCAAUUUACAUUCUUCUUAAGAAGUACUUCUCCAAGAAGCCUUAUUAUGUUAAGGUCAUGGAGCUCUUCCACGAUGUUACCUUUAAAACCGAGUGUGGUCAGCUAUUAGACUUGAUUACAGCUCCAGAGGAUAAGGUCGAUCUUGCAAAGUUCUCUCUUAACAAGCAAAUGUUUAUCAUUACUUAUAAGACUGCAUUCUACAGUUUCUACCUUCCAGUUGCUCUUGCUAUGCACAUGGCUGGUGUCGAUGACGAAUCCGAUUUGAAACAAGCCAGUGACGUUUUGAUUCCAUUGGGACAGUACUUCCAAAUUCAGGAUGAUUAUCUUGACUGCUUCGGUAAGCCAGAGGACAUCGGUAAGAUUGGAACCGAUAUCCAGGAUAACAAAUGCUCAUGGGUUGUCAACACUGCACUCGAAAUUUGUAAUGCAGAGCAGAGAAAAUUGUUAGAUGAGAACUACGGAAGAAAAGAUCCUGUUAAAGAGAAGAAGUGUAAAGAUUUAUUUAUUGCCUUGAAGAUUGAUGACCGUUUCCACCAAUACGAGGAGGAUAUUGUUUCCAAAAUUAGGAAGAAUAUCUCCAAUAUCGAUGAGACCAGAGGAUUCAAGAAGCAGACGUUGACAGCAUUCUUGGACAAGAUUUACAAGAGAAAGAAAUAA